UGCCUUCGUCUUUUAGCAACGUACGAACAUGUUCAUGUUCUGCAUUUUGGGCGAAUAUUAACUCAUUUCUAACGCCCUCAUUUGUGACAAAUAAUAGUAAAAAUGUGGUAAAUGCUGUUAACAACGAAAAGUUAAUUAUAUUUAAGACUUUUAGAAACAAGUUACGUGUUAAAUUGAACAAGUUUGCCAGAAGUAUAGAAAGUUCGUUUUGUGUUUUGCUUGUAUUUCGCUGCCCCCAAAUUAUAAAAUUGCAUAACAACGUCAGUGUGUGUAUGUUUGGCUACAACGUCGCAGUAUUAGUGAGAACGGCCGAGUGUUAAAUUGUCGUGUUGUGAGAGACAAGCCGACGAAACAAGAACAAGAAGUGCGAAGUGGAAGAGAAGAGAAUUGUAUAUGCUUUUGUGUGCUUAUUUGUAUAUUUCAUUAUUACAAAAAGAAAGAAACGAUAAAUUCACCACUUUGGAAUUACUACUACGGUUGUCAUACAACGCCGCCGCCGCGCCGUCAUAAUCGUCAUCAUCAAAGCAAAGUCAGAGUCACUUCUACCAGUCUGUCUAUCAACCAACAUAGCAACUGUCAUUUCUAUACUUUUCGGUGCGAGAAAUGCUAAAAUUUCUUUUGGGGAAAAUGUAAAUUGAUAUUAACAAUAACAACAACUGAAAUCCGUCCAAUGUUUUGAAGUAUGAACCAUUAUCGUCGUCAUCAGCAGCAUCAACGUCAACAACAUCGAAACUUUUUACAAUAACAACAACCGCAAGUGUGUGAGUGUGUGUGUCUGUGCCAAGUGUUUGUUUUUAAUCAUAAAUUGUCUGGAAUAGACAAGAGCCGAUAGAGAGACAAACAGACAGUCAGUCAGACAGACGAACAAUUUGUUUUGAACUAUACCUACAUAAAAAGGAACAAACAAAACAAACACAAAAAAGUCAAACUAAGUCAAACAAACCUCAAAUGUAUUUUUGAGCAUCCAUCAUCAUUAUCAGCAGCAGUCCAGUGUCGUUGACGUCUCGCCGCCAACGUUCGUUGCAGUUGAAAGUCAAAACGUUUUACUAUUUUUAUGCAGAAUUCAAAUAAUAAUGCUGCUGAAUUUAAAGUAAUAAAAACUAAAACAGCAGCAGUAGUGACACAAGAUUGAUGGAUGAAUGAGGCGCCCUUUCGCCGUUUUGUUCUAUUCCAUACCGCACACCGAACCACACCAAAUGUAAACAAUUGAAAAUCAUCAUCAAACGACCUCAAGAUUGUAAUCAUAUAGGAAAAAAAUAUAUUCCCACCGUUGAAAAAUAACAAAUUUAUUAUAAACAAAUUUUUGGAAAAUAAUUUACAAUAAGUGUGUGAACGAGCGAGUGAAUAAGUUUGUUUGUUGGCAAAACUGCAACGUGGAAUUGUCUGCCACAGAACACGACACAGCAUAGCACAACGAAGCCAAAAGCAAAGAGACCGGCAACUUAGAUAAAAAAUAUUGCUCUCCUCUCAUUUUUGCGUAUGUUGUGCCGAAUGAGUUAGUGGGGGACAGACAAAUCAUAACACAAAACAGACAACAACAAUUAUGAUGGAUAGAUAGUAGUCGUCCACCGUGGUGUUGUCUUUUAAUUGUUGUUCAAAUCUAAACAAUUCAUUCUCUCAAAUACAAAAGAAGAAGAAGAGACAGAGCCGCAGACACCAACAAACAAUAACAAUAGAAUACAAUUAACCGACUGCACUUUUCAAACCCACCAUACCAGCACCACCUCAGUCAGUCAGAGCCGCCUCAGGUGUAAACGUCAAGAGAAGAAUACCUAUGCUGCUUGCAGCAAUUGUGCGUGUGUGUUUUAUGUUCUCAGACAACAAGAAGAACAAACAAAAAAAGUUUGGUGAUGAGCGUGAGCACUUUGUAAUUUUUUGAAAGGAACCAAAACACAACACGACGACAACAGCUCUUACGCAAAGGUAUAUCACAACAACACCUCAGUAGCUGGCCGAGUGUCGGCGGCAACGGUUGUUUGUAGUAAAAGAAGAGGAGAAAAAUAAAAACAAGAAUUAACUCGUCGUAGUGCUACGAUUAUUAACAAUAUAGCGAGCCGGAGCAAUUUGUUCUCUGAGCUCUGUCAAAUGUUGUGAGAGAGUGAGAGAACUAAAGAAAAGAGACAGAUAUAGGUGAAUUGAUUGAACGAAGACAAACCAUCAAUAAAACAGAUACAUACGACACAUUCUCACAAGGCAGGCACACAGUCUAAUUCACCACGGCCUGUCGGCACAUAUUGUAUUGACAAGAACGAGAAAGUUAUACAGAGCCGCCGGAGCAGUGGCAGCAGACCCCCAAAGAAAGACAAACUCAGUUGUGUUGGAGAAGAACGAACGAGCGGAACGACUCGUGUCUGUACGCAUUAGGUUUGUUUUUGUGGUGGAAGAGCAAAUAACGCAGAAUUGUUGGCGAUUCCGCAGUCUGCCUUAGAAGGGACAUGGCCGUCUUUUUGCUCAAUAUCUGUAAAUUUAAUGGCUGCGGAAUCACAUUUCCAAGUUUAGGAGAUUUAAUACAACACAUCGAGGACACACAUAUUGAUCUUAUGAGGGUCCUUUUAAUGAUUUUGUACUGUCAAGAUUGCGUUUUGCGAAAUAGUGGGCGUGGAGCCAGCUUAGCCACGCCCAUUCUUAUUAAAUAAGACAGACAGACAUAAGGAAAGAAAGAAAAGUAAAGAAAGAAAAGGCAAAGAAAGAAAGAAAAGGCAAAGAAAACAAAUCCUAUCCUAUGCACACACUAUAAAUCUACAAAUCGGUCGGAAAGAAAAAUCAGAGAAAAGAAUUCAGUCCUCUAGUUUAGGAAUUUUAUGAGGUUUUUCCAACUUCCCACAUUACAACAAAAGCCGAGUAAUAAGAAUUACACUUGUCUGUACGACGACAACAACAACAGCAACGACUGAGCGACGACGACAACAAAAAGAUUUUCCAAAAAGGGAAGAAAGAACAAACGAAAAAAAAAAAAUCAGAAAAAAAUAAAUCGUCUACAUCUCUCAGCAACAACAACAACAAACUGCAUUUCUUUAAAAGAAAAACGCCUAAAACAAAAGCAUCCACUGUCAUCAUCAAAGCAACAACAACACUACCACCAUCUCCACCACCUUUACUUACUCUCUCUAUCUCUCGCCCCAUCAUAUGACACAUUAACAACAACAAUAUAUAGUUAUAUGUAAGCAAAAAACGUAACGAAGGAAAAAGAGAACAAGAAAACGGUAAGGAAGAAAAAAUAGAGGACUCGUGCAAAAUUGUUGGACCAGAGGGCAAUAUACAAAAGAGGAUAAAAAGAACAACGACAAUGCAAGGGGUAAAACCAGCAACAGCAAUUGCACCCCCUACCACCACCACCACCACACCAUCAUCGGUCGCCAGCGUCUGUUUCAGUGAUGAUUAUGUUUCUAAUGUUUGUUUAAAACAUCUAAUGCGAUCAUGCAUUAAUUGCACCAUAAAUAAGCAAUAUACACGUAGUAAAAAUCAAUUGUAUCAUUGUCCUUUAAGGAGGACCACCUCGUCAAAGACAUCCAACAGAACAGCCAUGGCCGAACCGCAAAAGACAACGAUGAUGAUGAUGGUGGCGCCGCCAUCAAUGACAUCAACAAUUAAUAUGACCAUGGUGACGACGAAAACAACAACGGCAGGAAGGGCCGGUAGCUCCACAACGUCGUCAGCGGCGGCGGCCACUAAGUCAAGAUUAACAACAUGGAGCAGCAACGGUAGCAGUAAUAUCUUCCCCGUUACAGCAACAACAGCAACAGUAACGUUAGUGAUGUAUGUAAAAAUUCAGGUGUAAAUAGUCUGCAAUGUCGUCAUUAUAAUCAACCUCAACAGUAUCAUCAUUAUCAGCAGCAGCAGCAACAACAUCAUCAGCAUCAUUUACUACAUCAUCAAUCAUUAAUGCAAUCGUCGUCGUCAUUAUCAUUGUCUAACACAGUAGCAGCAGCAGCAGCAACAACAACAGCAACUAAAAUGCCAUAUAAUAUUAAUAAUACAAUAAUACGUAAGUCAUUAUCAUCAGCAGUAUCUCCACCAUCAGCCACAUUAACAGCGGCGUCAGCGUCAAGAGCAUCCGCAGCAGCAGCUAUUGUGGUAACAACAAUUCCAGCAGCAUCCUCAUCAUCAACAUCCGCAGCAGAAUCAUCGUCAUCGUCGACGUCGUCAUCAUCAAUAUCAUCACCAUAUUUACAUACAGUAUAUUCCAAAAAACACAUGGGAAGACGAAAACGCAAUUCCUCCGCUUCUAUGUCAGCGCACAGAAGAAAGGACUAUCAUCAGCAUCAUCGUCAUAAUCGUAACAAUGGUGGUAUUAAUAGCUGUUUAAGGAUAUUAUUAAUAGUUUCAUUUAUAAAGCCAUUAUAUAUGUGGUAUCAUUUUAUAAAGAGUGUCAUAUUAACGUCACUAAAACCAAGCGAAAGACUAACAUCAACAAUAAGAAAAACCUCAUCCUCAUCCGCCUCCGCUUCAACCUCAACCUCAACUUCACCUUCAUCAGCAACAUCAUCGUCAGCGGCCACCACAACGGCGCGUAGCAAAUGUAUACGUGUCUUGCCACCCAUACGUACCACCUCAUUCAUAACUCUACUAACGAUCAUUUGUCUGGAGACCGUGUUGCUCUCCACCAUGUCUAGUUGUGCUAAAACCUUCUACAUGCAUUGGAACACUUCGAACAGUAUAUUCCGCAUAGAUAAUACCGAUCACAUAAUCGAUGUUAAUAAAGGUAAUCUAGCUUUUGAAUUUGAUCAAGUGCACAUCAUCUGUCCGGUCUAUGAGCCGGGAACGUUUGAAAACGCGGAAAAAUAUAUAAUUUACAAUGUAUCGAAAGUUGAAUAUGAAACGUGUCGGAUAACGAAUGCAGAUCCGCGCGUCAUUGCCAUAUGUGAUAAACCUCAAAAAUUAAUGUUCUUUACGAUUACGUUCCGGCCAUUUACACCGCAGCCCGGUGGUUUGGAGUUCCUGCCAGGGAAUGAUUAUUAUUUCAUUUCGACAUCAUCCAAAGAUGAUCUGUAUCGUCGAAUAGGCGGCCGUUGUUCAACGGACAAUAUGAAAGUGGUGUUUAAAGUGUGUUGUGCCGAGGAGAAGAAUAAAACAAUUUCGGCGGGUAGCGGCGGAAAUAGUGGCAGUGGUUCUGUCGGUGGCUCAGGUAAGGAUGGUAAAAUUGGUGGUGGCAGUUCUACCACAGCUGUGGGCAGUCCCUCAGCACCCACCGAUACCACAGGUGUUAAUAACGUUGUGGGUGGUAUUGGAGGUGGCGGCGGCGGUGGCAUGGGCAUGGGCAUGGGUGGUGGUGGUAUGAACACCAUGAGUGGUGAGGACAUAAAUCACGCCACAAAUAUCAAUCGCAACCAACAAUUCUCCAAUCAUCCGCAUCACAUGAACAACAUCAAUACCAUUGGCAUAAAUGGCAUCAAUAACGGCAUGCUGCCGAAUGGUGUCAUGAAUCCUGGUGGCGGACCGGGUAACAACUAUGGACUGCAACUAAAUCCCAUGUUAAAUAAUAACGGUAAUGGUGGGGCCACCUCUAUCAACACAAACAUCGAUCAAUACAAUCGCAUACCUAUGCAACCGAAUAGCAUCAAUGUACUGAACAACAACAUUGGCGGUGGUAUGGUGGGCUCGCAUGGCGGUUCCGGCAUCAUGAUGACGCCCGGUGGCCACAACGGCAUUACCAUGAUAACCGGCGGCGGCGGUGGAGGUGGUAUGAUGGGUCCCGGCAUACCGGGCAUACAUCAGUACCACGGUCAGACGGGUAUACGCAUAAACAAUGUGCCAUCUACACAUCACACAUACUUAAAGAAUAUCAAUAGCAAUAACAACAAUAACCACAACCACAACGAUCACGACCACCAGCAUUACGACAAGCAUCCAAAUGAGGUUGUAAAGAAUGAAGAACUUACCUAUAAUAGUGCCGGGGCAAGGCAUGCACCGCCGCCAGCAUUUUCAGCGUUCUUCUCCGUUUUUAGUUGGCUGAAGAAGGCGUUGCAGCAGCAGCAGCAGAAUCAGAAUCAUUGUGGAACACACUAUCAUACAAAAAAACACAGCUUAUUGAAUUAUGUGCUAAGGAUUAAACAAUUUGUAUAUUUUAAGUCUAUUUUGUAUAACAAUAUAAUUUAUAGUAUAAUUGCACUUUUUGUAAUAUUAUUAAUACAACAAUUAUUAAGAUAUAAUAAUUUUGUACUGAAGAAAAAACCAAUAACACAACAAGAAUCAUCGAAGAAGAAGAUGACGAGGAUGAGUAUGAAGAAGAAGAAUGAUAAUGAUUAUAAGAAGAUCACCAACAACAAUAAUAAUAACAAUAGUAGGUCAAUAACAACAACAGAAUCAUCAUUAACGACAACAAACACUAUAACGAAUUUCUCAACAACAAGAACAACGUCCUAUGAUGAAAACUUGACACAUAAGAAAUUUACUUACGAACACCCCAACAACACAACACGACGGUGAACUUUCUUAUAACAUAAGAGAUCAUUUAUAUACGUAUACCUUAAAUAAUAAUAAAUAAUAAUAAUAAUAAUUAAUUAAUUAUAAUUAAAAAAAUAAUAAUUAUAAUACUUGGUUAUAAUGUAACGAACGAAAAAAAGCAAGAGAAAAAUAUGAAAAUAUUACAAGAAAUGAAAACAAAGAAGAAGAUGAACGAAAAUAAUAAACACAAACACUGAUGUAGAAGUAAUAACAGAAAAAAAAACGAAACCAUGAAGAAAAUAGCAUAUAAAUAAAGCUUAAAGCAUUUCCAAAAAAAAACAAGUUUUUUUAAAAUACUGUGGAUCGGACCAUAUAUUACAUAUACAUACAAUAUAGAACAAGAAAUUUCCCUCCAGAAAAGAACAAAAUUUUUAACAAAAAAAAAAUCAAUAAACAGAAGUACAUCAAAACCCAAACACACACUCAGUCAGGAAUCUAUUGAAGGAUAUUUAUUUAUUUGCCUUUUGUUACGAAAUAAUUUCGGUGGAUAAUGGAUGUACUCAUGUUUAGAGUCACUCCCCAUCAUGGGAUGAUAUUUAAAAUUAAAAAAAACACGAAUGAAAACAUUGUUUUAAACACACAUUUCUAUUCACACAUCUGAGCUUAAAAAGCAAUCUAAAUUAUCAGCAAGUUUUUUAAUUGGAAUGUGGAAACAUUUUUUUUUUUAAAUUCUAAAAAGAGUUGGAAUACUUUUGUAAAAAUUUAUCAGUAUUAUUAAAGACUAAUUUGGGAUAUUCAAUUGCAUUUAAAGUGUAGCAUAAAACGUUGCAACUUUCAAUGUGGAUAGUUAGAAGUUCCAAUAUAUGUGUUACCGAAUGAGCUACCGAAAAAGCGGUGGAAGUUAAACACUAUAUAUUGUUUUUCUCCUCGGUAGGUUUUAAUAGGACGAGUUCAUAAAUCAUAUAUGCAUAUAUUUAUUUUGACAUGCCUAAAAUUCUAUGUAGAUAUAUGGACCCUUUCGGUGUAUCAGCAUUAACGGCGUGGUGCCAAAUUUAAUUGUAGGCUAUACUAAAUUCAAUUUGACGCGUCUAUAUUAAACACUCAUUCUUCUUGGUUUCCGUUGUGUUUGGUGUAUAAUUAUUUACAUUAUUUGGGCUUUUUCAUUAAUCAUGACUAAAAUAGUAUUUCAGAUUCGCCUUUUGCCAGGCUUCCCAUAUUGUAACCAAAAACAUUAUUCUUAAAUUGAAAUUGAUUGUUUAAGCUCAGAGUUAUGUGAAGAAAGAUCAUCAUCAUCAACAGCUAUUUUCAUAUUCAUAACAUUCGUGGUCGUCGUUGUGUUGAAUUAUAUACAUACAUACAUAGGUGUCAAUAAUAGUAAAAUUUACUACAACACAACCUCCAAACAAUUGAAAAAACACCACACAAAAUAACUAAAAUACACACGCCGCCCCUCAACUCCCCCUAAUAUAUUUUUUAUAUAAAUACAUAAUAUCGUUUGGUAUAGCUGUAUUAAGUUUCAUAUAGAUGUACAACUAAUGCGCCCCGCCAAUCAGGCAGUCAGCCACCCCAGCAAAAACUUCUUAUAAUUACAUCAUAAGCGAAUGUUCCAUGAUAUUCUUCUUGGGUAGUAUGAUAUUUGCUGCUGGGAUGGUUGUUGUUGUUGCUUCUGUUGCGGCGUGGUAAUUAUUUUGAUAUUAUUCGACUUAAUAACUAUACCAAACUCUUGAAUAUAGUAACCAAUAUAAUUAUAAAUAAAUCAAGAGAAACCACAUGAAACAACAACAAAGACAUAAAACAAACAAAAAACACAGAAAUAAUUCAAAACAUAUGACAACCAACAUGAACAGAAGAAGAGAAUGAAGCAAAAAAACCACAAGUAAAAUAAUCUGAAAAUAUUAAUGAUAUUUUAUAUAGAAAUAAACAAUAGAACACUAAGUAACAUGGCAAAUUUUUUUACAUCUUAGGUAACACUCUAUCUCUCUCUCUAUCUAUCUACUUAACUUCUUUUCAUACUCCCCUACACCCCCCCCACACACACCACGCAGAGAAGACAUCUGAUACUCCGGCAGGAAGUUUUUCUUUUCAUUCCAUUUAACUUUUUAUAAUGUGCGUGGAAUGGUGGAAACAAAACAAUUGUGGAGUAUCAAUGAUGGGUGGGGGUGUUGGAAGAAGAAAAGAAGCUUAUGAAAAUACAAACAACAUUUCUCUUAAUUUUCUUUAAUUUAAAUGGUACAUAUACGUAAAUACAUAUUACCUUUUUGUUUGUUUGUUUGUUCAAUUAUCAACCAAACAAAUGGAAAAAAUAAGCCAAUCAGCCAGCCAGCCUCCUUGUCCCCACCUUACAUCUCCUUACAAUAGCAACUAAACAAACAACCAACCAAUAAAUACAUGUGUACCCCCUCUCUUGCUGCCUCUCUAUUAGACAACAACAACAACAAAACAAAAACAGUAAUAUAUUUAAAUAAGACAAACAGCAACAAAAAAAUUGGAUUAAACCAAACAACAGUUAUACAAACAAAAAAAAAAAAAAAAAACACAAAACCGAAUCAAAACAAAAACAAAUUAUUUUCCAUAGUACAAGUAUGAAUUAAAUAGAUUUUUUUAAAUAUAAUUUCUCUCUGUAACAUUAAUAUUAAAAACAAAAGAACCAUAGAAGAAGAAUCCAGCUUGUGUUGUAUAACAGACAGAACAGAACAAAAGAAAACGCCAGCCAACCAAACCAACAUCACCACCACAGCCACCCACCACCAACCAACCAACAUCAUCCAUAACAACAAAAACAGAAUCUACUUUUUUUUGUAAUGAGAUAUGAUUUUUGUUCUUUCAAUAUCAACCAACCAACAAACCAACCAUCCAGUCACUCAGUAUACAGUGUGUUUCAUGAUUUAAGACAAACAAAAAAGUCACUUAUAUGUAUACUACCUAAACUACCUACAUACUAUAAAUAUAUAUAACAAACAAAAAAUUAUAUAUACCGAUUUUAAAGAAAUUUGUAAUAAGAAAAAAAACUGAAAAAAUUGUUAAUUUGUUUAUAUAUUUGGAAAGAAUACACAAAAAAAAAAAGAAAAAAAUGAAAAAUUUCGAUAUUUAAAAAAUUAAAUACAUUUGGUUUUUGUUAUUUGGAGAAAGCAAAAAAAAAAACUACAACAACAGCAUUAACAUCGUCGUCAUUGCAUAUCGUCAUUUAGGUUUUUUAUUUCGGUGCAUUCCCAUAUCAAAUUGAUAUCAAAUUUUGUUUUGCUAGAACUGCUAAGAUUAACUGUUUACAUUUUGUUGGGCUUACCGAUUUCUAUGAUGGGUCUAAUUUCUUCUUUUUGGCCCACGUUACGGAUAAUGUUUUUUUUUCGGAAUUCCAAAGCAUAUCUUUUUAUUGAAGGGGGAAUAUUUUUGAUAAGAACCAGCGGAAUAUUUGCAUUUUUAUAUUUUAUAUUUGAUUUGUAAAUAGGCCGCAAUGGUUAAGGGUUACAGGAAGUCGUUUUUGGAUAUCUCGGCACGUCUUCUGCUAUAGUGCCUGGUGUACUGGAAAAUCCUUUUCCCUGAAUGCGAAUUUUAAGAAAACCUUAAAAUUAACUUGAAUUUUUCCUUUAUCCAAAUGUAUGUAAACAAUAACUUUCAGUGUAAGGGCAUGUGUAGUUUACUACAUCCACUUAUUCAGAAUAAGGCCAAUAUUAUUUUUUUCUCCCAGAAUUGUAUUAAUCUUUUUAUAAUCUCCAACAUACUAACCACGCUAUAAUCACGUUUGGACCCUACAAUGUAUAUAGAAAUGUAUUUGUGAUCAGCGUAACAUUUGAAGUCGAAUUAGCGGACAUCGCUAUGAAAGUCUGUUGAAAAAAGAUAAAAAUGUCAAUGCUUUCGUAAUGCCUCCCAUUACGGUAUCGGUAACUCUCGAUAUAUUUUUUAAGUUUUAUUGAAUGAAAGCAAAAAUAUCGGAAAUAGCAUCAAAUUUUAGAAUAAGGUUAGAUUUGUUUGAAUUGGUCACCUUCGGCUUUCAAACGGGCAAUGAAACCGUCACACGCUGCCCGAAUGUUUUGCUUGCGGUAUUUUGGCCCAUUUCCCGCGAAGCGCUUGCUUGAGGUGAUCGACACUUUGGUUUUUUUAGUGCCAACCUUGCUUUGUAUAUAGAUUUCAAUUCCGAUACUAGAUAGCAAUCCCUGUAGCACAAAAUUAUUUAUGUAGAUUCACGGUUUGUAUUAGCAUCCAUAUACGGUGCCACCCACUUAACUGAAGAUUUUAACUGCAUUCUGCUGUUUAAAUAUGAAAUCUUAAUUCUAUUACAUUUAAUGCAUAUCUUUACCUCCUGGUGGAGGGUAUACUAAGUUCUUGACGCUUUUUUGUGGUUAAUAACGCCAAACGAAUGCCACCAGGUCCACCACGGUCUACUAAAAUAACUUUAAAUAUAUACAGAAAAAUCACUAUUCGAAAUUGGAGAAAUUCUGGUUAUUUGAUAAUUUUUUACACAUUUGUUGUAGUUGAUUAGGAGUGAUAAUAAUAGAGAUUGUAGACAAGUUCAUGUCAUAGAAAUCUGGACAAAGAUUUCGUCCAUGAGGCCCCCAUUUGUGUUAAUAGAUUGGUUUAUGAGUGACGAGGAUUAAUGAUUGUAACUCAACUGUGUAGGUUUCAGAAACAUCAAAAAACAUUUAUUUGAUUUAAUUCUAUAUUAGUGUAAAAAAAUAAUAAUAAAACUUUCUAACCAUAGGAAAAUUUUGCAGGUUUCCAAAACUAAAUUACUUUUGAAUGAUGAUGUACUUUGUCCGCUUCUUUUACAGCAGUUCACAUAGAGUCAUGAAUAAUGUAUUCACUUCUUUAUACUCCAAAAAUACCUGCUAUGUAUCGAACUCAUUGAAUUUGUUAUAGAUAGCAUGUAGAAUAUUUCUCCAUUAAUAUAAUUUCAAAACGGAAUAAAUUACCACGAGAAUGUUGGGAAAAUGAAUUGCAGUUAUUUCCCUCAAGCAAUUCAUUUAAAUAUUUCCGCGAGUGCUUCUUGACCUACUUCCCUGUGCUUGGCAGACUACUUUCAAAUGGCACCAAGCACCAACAAUUAUAUAGUCCGGAAUUCCUUGAACUCCUUGAGUCUUUUGCUGGGUACUGGUGUGAAAAUCAUGUUAGAGCUCUCAAUAAUUAAUACUGAGUCGCGUCAUUGUGCUGACAUUGAUGUUAUUGCUACUAUAGUGCUUACUAUUUAAAUCACUAUUUUUUGGUAUCGAUUUCACUUUCAUCUAUAACCCGAUUUGCUGCAAUUGACAUUUCUUAGUGAUAUGAAAAAAGGAGUAAAAUAAAUGAUUUUUACACAAUCUCCUAGACACAUCUUACAUUUGAAUGGGAUACAAUUUGAUGUAUGUGCUACAGUAAUUAACAAGAUAGGCUAUAUAUAUAACCUGAAUUAAAAUAUUGUGAAUUUCAAAUAUUGUCCAGUUCAGAGUUGUGUUGUUACAUUUGGUCAACCUUGGGAUUAAUAAACCAAUCAUUUCCCCAUAAUCAGUAAGUUUUGAAGAUCAGUAAGUUUUCUCCCAGAUCUUUUCAAAGAAGAUCUGCAGAUCCCCCAAUAGAGAUCAGAAGUUCUGUAGGUACUUUCCUACGAUUUGAAGCUGUUGGAGAGACUCAUUUAAAUAUCCAUUUUGACAGUUAAGUUACUGAAAGUUUACAAUUUUUUACUGAGAAAAUUAUCCAGUACCAUCAGCUGAUAGAAAUGAAACAGAUGUUUUGUUGUCGAUGUAGAAAUGUUUGAACAUUUCCGUGAAUUUUUCAAUUAUUUUUUAUUUUAUUAAUUACCACUUGAAACAAAAGUAGAUGGUUAAUCUUCGGCUCCAAUAAUCAAGAUUAUUCAACUCUAUUCCAAAACAAUAUAAAUGUUUAAAUAUGUAAUUUAAAAUUCGAUUUGAUAAAGAACGAGAUUAAAAUAAGGAAUGCAAAAACUCAAAAGAGGAUAACAACAGAAAAUAACAAUAGCUGGGUUGGAUUUCGUGCGUAUGUGUUUUAACCCGAAGACACUAGUUUAAGAAGAUCUUGAAUUAAUUUAAUUUUAAGACAAAACAUAUUAAUGAGUAAUUCUUACCACUUCCCCUCCUCUUCCACACCCCGUGAAAAAUACAGCAAUGUCCUUUAAUUAAUUCCUCUUAUACUCUUGCCAAAUUUUUCCUUGUGGUUAAGAAUUAGUUUUAAUAUUCUCAACAAAGACAAGAUAGCAUUAACUUUGUGUAGUAAGAAAUCAUGAUCAUCAUCCAAUACGUGUCGCCUCCAUUAAAUUUUCUCACAUUUUUCAAAACUUGUAAUGAACUACUACUUAGGCAAUAUUCAUACAAUACCAACCAAUGUUGUGUUCGAAAACUUCAUGAAGUAAAUGCAAAGAUGAAAAAGAAACAAAAAAAAAACAGACGAUAACGUUUUUCUUCUAACAAAAAAAUAUAUAAUGUGUAAUAAUUUUUUAUGUAUGAAAUAAUAGAUAUAUACAAAAAAAAAAAAAAAAAAAAAAACGUAAAAAAUAAAACAAAUUUUAUAUACAAAAAACAGCAGUACAUGCCACUAAAAUAUAUAUAUGUAGAUAUAUAUAACAAUGUGAUGGGCCAUGUACAUAUGUAUGUGAUGAGUACAUAACAAAUAAACAAGAAAAAAAAAAAAAAAAACAAAACAUUUACAAAAUAUUUUUCAAACGAUAGAAGUCAUCACCAUAUAAAAGCCAAGCCGUCGUUGAACUGUUUUCUUGUUCUAGUGUGGGGUGUCUGGGAAAUGGGAAGAUAUAGAGAGGUUUUUUUUUACAGAAUACAAGCCCAGUUGGGAAAAAUUAGAAAGCAUGUUGACAUACCUAUACGAAAAUGUAAUUGAAAUAAGUAGUACGUAUCCUCCUCCUGGAGAUCUAUUGAUAUUCAGAUAUAAAAUAGGAGAUGUUCUCAUAGAAGACCCUUCAGGCCCCUUAGAAGAUUUGGAGAUCGUUUCAAAACACACUGGAGAUCGUAGAUCCUCUCAUAAAAGAUUGUGUUAUAUUCUCACAGAUAAAGUUGAUAAAUAUUUUCAUAAAAGUUCUGUAGAUCUUUUCACACAAGUUGUAUAUAUCUUCUCAUAGAAAAUCUGUAGAUAUAUAAUGGAUCUUCUCUCAGAUGGUCUGUAAUGGAGAUGUAAAUGUGGAGAUUGUUUCAUAGAAGAUUUGGAGAUCGUUUUUAGAAGGUUUAAAAACCUUCUUAAGAAGAUGUGAGGUUCUCUCGGAAGAUCUAUAGAUCUUCUCAUGAAAAACUAUGGAUUUGCUCAUAAAAUAUCUCUGAGAAGGUCUGCUGCUCCCCUCUUUGAUUUCUUGGUCUUCUCUUUGGAGGUCCGGAAUUUUUCUAAGAGAACUUCUGUAAAUUAUCUGAGAGAAGAUCUCGAUAUAUGUUUGGAGUGAAAUUUUAGCUUAAUUUGAUUUUGUGGAAAUUUGAGGUGAAGAUUGUUAGACCUCCUUGCGAUCUCAUGGAAUCUCUUCGGAACUUAGUCAAUGAGAAGAUGUUUCUCAAAAAUUGCUUUCUCCGACUGUGGGCUUUGUCAUUAGUCGAGUUAUUGUCACCACCUACCCACCCCCUGUGAUCAGUUUACGCGCUUGUUUGCUAGCCUUUCUUGCAACAAUAUUUUUUUUGUGAGACUAGGUCUUAAUUCUUUUUAUGUAAUUUUUAUUUUUUACUUUUUUUCCUGUGGUUAGGCCGCCAAGACAAAGAAGAAGCAAAAGUAUGUGUUCGUUCCGAAAAUUUGUAAAUAAUAUAAAUGUAAAUUGGAUUUUGAAAAUUAGAAUUUAUGGACACUUUUACACACACAACAAACCACUUUACCAUCUAAAAUGCAUUUAUAUAAACUUGCACUUGUUUUGUAGUGUAAGAAAAAAAUAAUAAUAAUUAAAAACAAAGAAACACAACAAACGAAAUAUUUGAAAAAUAGUAAAAUUGAAAAACGAAAAAGAUAUGCAAAUGAAAAAAAAGGAAAUUAAAUAAAUAAAUAAAUAAUUGUUCGUUUAACAAACAUAUAUACGAAAAAGAGAAUAUUGUUUUGAGUUUUUUGUAAAAAGAACCCCAGCUUUUUUGUUUGGACCUAAACAUAAGUAUAGAAUUAUGACUACUAAUUUAGGAUACUACUACUACUUAAUAACAAAAUGUUAUAUACAUAGAGAGAGACUGUCCAACCUAAAUCCCCUAAAUAAAAAAAAAACUUCUUCUGCUACUGCUGCAACAACAACAACUACAAGAACAUCACAUUCAUGAAACACACUGUAUUUGUUUUCCUAGCAAAAAAUGUUCAUUAUUUUUGUAAAUUUGUUGUAAAUUAAUUGAAUUUGUUUUUGGGUUUUUGUUUCGUUGUUAUUUUAAAUUUGGGUUUUUUAGAAGUUAACAAAAGUACCCUUCAGGUGAUAGUUAAAAAAAGAUAAAACAAAAACAAAAAUACACUCCUCAAAUGUGAACAACAACUCAUCCAAAUCCAUCCAUCCAAAUCCAUCUUGUCAAGUAGCAGUCGUCGUCGUCGGGUCAUCAUCAUUAUUCUCAUUGUAAUGAUCAUCAUUAUUAUUAUUGUCAUUGUCGUCAUCGUCAUUCAGUGUGUGUGUGUAUGUGUUAUUCUUAUUCUCCUCUAUUCUAUUACAUUGUUGGGUGGAAAAUGCAAUCCAACAUCUGCAAUACCCAACAACAACAACAUGAAGAAAAACAAGCAGAAGCUCAUUUGUAAAAUUGAUUUCUACAUUCAACUUAAAAAAAUUAUUGUUGAUGGAAAUGUUCAAAAAACAAAAAUGGUUAAAAAACGAUUAAUAAAAAAUAACAACAAAACCAAAAAACGAACAUAAAAUGCAUGCUAUUUUUUAGAAUGUGUGAAUGAUGAUAAACGAGAAAAAUAAGAAGAAUAAGACGAAGAAGUUGAAGAUAUAUAAAAAAAAACGAAAUAUUUUAGUGAUUUAAAAUAAAAGAAAGAAGAUGAGAAAACGAAAAAAUAUUAAUUAAAAUUACAAUUAUUUCUAAGAGACAAAAAGACAAGAACAAGACAAAAAAUGAGAAAGGAAAAAGAAGAAAAAAUAUACAUUUAAAUGACUUUAUAAAAAUAUCUUAAAAAAGAAAAACAAAACAAGAAACGUAUGCAUAAUAAAUUUGAUUGUAAACACUUCUGAAAAUCAAAA